AACCUAAUUUGGACUUCCACUACUUCUCAUCGGACUUCACUAGACUGCCGAGGCGCCGACUGUAGACGACCGUCUUCCGUCGACGAUUGACAGCGGCAGGCGGCAAAGGAAUGCAAUUCUGCUGGCUGCUGCAAUCUGCGAAUUCUUCGUUUUGGCUUUGAUUAUUGCGUGAGUUGACCGUGUUUGUAGAAGUUGAGAAAGAUUGAGCCACAGAGAAUGAUACGUUCCACCAUGGAGGCUGGUGUAGUUCUCAGCUCUCAUCCCCACCUCUUUACUAUGGCACACUUAAAAGCUCAAGGCAAGCAACCUUUGCAUAAUCUUGAUUUCUGUCGUUCACCAUCGACUAAGCCACGUGUGUCCCUUAAAGCAACCUCAGAAUGCAGUAGAUGGAAUUUUUCAACGUCAAAGGUGCCCUUUUUAUCUUAUAGGAAGAAAGGGUUAACCGUUCUUUCCUGUGACCAAUAUGUGAAUGACCAUGUGAAUGUCAAGGCGGCUUCUGCUGAGUCUCUAAACUUUGAACUUUCUAUGCCAAUGCUUAAUGAAGAGAAAACUGCCGAUACCUCUCAUGAUUUAAACGAGUAUAAAUCCUUGCAUCAGCAGAGACCCAAGGCAUUUAGAAAUAUAUUUUUGAACUUUGUAAGGGUGGGUUCAGUCAUUGAUGAUGCUGCUGAAUCUUUUUUCAAGAGUGAGAUACGCAGGAGGCUUUUUGUGACUGCUGUCUUGAUCUUAAUUAGUCGCGUGGGGUACUUUAUUCCUCUUCCUGGAUUUGACAGGAGAUUGAUUCCCCAUGACUAUCUUGGCUUUGCCUCAGGAUCUAUUGAUGAAUUUGGUGAUAACUCACAAGAACUUAAGCUUUCACUUUUCAGCCUCGGAAUAAGCCCUCAAAUUGGAGCAUCUAUUCUCAUGCAGAUACUUUGUCAUAUUCUUCCUUCCUUGAUCAAACUGCGAAAAGAAGGCAUAGGUGCUCAGGAGAAGAUCAAGAGCUAUAUAUGGUGGAUUGCACUUGGUUUUUCAAUUUUUGAGGCUUUGAUUCUUGCCUUCUAUUCUCUUCCAUAUUCCAUAUAUGCAGCGAGUCAGAGGGCAAAGCAUGUGAUGGUGACAACUUUACUAUUGGUGUGUGGUGCACUGACUAUGACAUGGAUUUCUGACAAAAUAUCAGAGUAUGGGUUUGGUCAAGGAUCAACUUUGAUUAUAUGCGUGGGGAUUCUUACUGGCUACACAGAUACAUUGUACAAGAUGUUAAAUCAACUCUCAGGAAGUGCUGCAAGCUGGUUGCCUUUUAUACUUGCAGUAAUUGGAGUUUUUACAUUGGUUACCAUUUGGGCUGUUGUUGUGACUGAAGGUUGCAGGAAAGUUGAGCUGCAUUAUUAUGGCUCCAGACUUGCUUCGGCUGCUAGAGACAAUUCUCCAGAUACCAAGGUUGAGCAUUAUAUACCAUUCAAUAUAAACCCAGCAGGGAUGCAACCCAUUCUUGCUACCUCGUAUCUCUUUGCCUUCCCUACAAUUGUUGCAAGAAUCUUUGGUUCACGGUUUUGGGAACAUGUCAGCAAUGUUCUGAAUCCUGAAACUUCUCGUGGAGCAGGGCCAUGGGUUUACUACACAUUAUAUGCAUUUUUUGUCUUUCUGUUCAAUAUAUUUGACAUAGCCAACAUGCCAAAGGAAAUUGCUGAUUACCUAAAUAAGAUUAGUGCCAGAAUUCCAAAUAUAAAGCCUGGAAGAGCCACAAUUGAAUACUUGAAAAAGAUCCAGGCAUCAACUCGGUUCUGGGGUGGUGUCUUGCUAAGUAUAUUGGCUACUACAUCUACUAUUCUUGAUCAUUAUUUACGCCAACUAAAUAAUGGAUUUUCCGUGGGAUUUACAUCAGUUCUAAUAAUUGUGGGAUCAAUCAUCGAACUGAGACGAUCUUAUCAAGCAUACAACGUAAUGCCCAGUCUAAGUAAGGCACUGAAGCGAUAUGGAGUAUAAGAUCUCGAUGGGGGCUUUGUUGUUGUGGUCAACGAUCAAAUUCAGGGUAUUCUUAAAUGUGAGUGUACUAGACCUGCUUCACCUACACAAGUACCUUGGAUUUGUGCAGCUUCUUAGCCCAUCUCCACCCCCAGAAGCAAACGAAUUACAAUUACUUGCAAAAUCAUAUACGCGAAAGCGAAAGGGGAGGAAGACGAAACAUAAAAAAGAAAAGAAAGAAAUGUAACUUAAAUCUGGGAUUAGCAAGGGACUUGCAGUAAUGUAACAUAUUUUAUUGUUAGUUUUAUUUCUUCAAAUUAUUUGUAGAAUGUUAUAUUGUACUUGGAUGAGUAGAGCAAAUGUGUUGUAAGAGUAGGAUUCGUUUUAAUUGAUAUUCAACACAUGAUAUCUUUUGAAUUGAGAAGAGUAUGAAACAUCAUUUUUUUUUGUUAA